UGAACCAUUGUCUUUCAUUUGUCAAUUGAAGAUAUCAAAGUACAAACAAAUUCGUGGUCAGAAUUCAGUCUCUCAUUUCUACAAAACACUUCUCACCACCUUUCUUCCCAAAUCCAACUCUCUUGAGAAACAAAUCAUGGCUUGUUCUUCUUCUUCUUCUUUUCAACUCUCAAGUCUCCAAAUUCAAACCCCACCUCUCAAAAAAUCCAACUUUCUAGGCCAAUCUCACAACCUUAAUAUUCAUACCAAAUCAACUCUGAAACCAUCUUCAACCUCAAUUACUACUGCAAAAUUCAAUCUUUAUGAGAUUCUUGGAGGUAGAGGUCUAUGUAAUGGAGAAGAAGGUAUACAAAAAGAGCUAAAGAAGUCAAUUUCAGAAGAACAAUCCUCGGCAAAAUCAGCCACUGAUGAUAAUAAUAAUAAUAAUAAUCAAGAAAAGAAGGAAACUGGGGAGUUUCCUGAAGAUGGAUUUGAGAAAGAAAUGAUGGGGUUAGUAGGUGGAUUUCCUGGAGGUGAAAAGGGUUUAAAGAAAUUCAUAGAACAAAAUCCACCUCCUAAGAAAACAGAAUCAAGAAUGGAGGGUUUUAAUCUCAGUCUUGUGAAGAAACCAAAGCCACCCGAAUUACCACUUUUGUUACCUGGGAUGAUUGCUAUAGUUAAGAAUUCUAAUAAUCCAUAUUAUAUGUAUUGUGGGAUUGUGCAAAGGAUUACUGAUGGAAAAGCUGCUGUGCUUUUUGAAGGUGGGAAUUGGGAUAGAUUGAUUUCUUUUAGGCUUGAAGAGUUGGAAAGAAGAGAGAAAGGACCACCAAUGGUAAAUCCUAGGUCUGCGAUACUUGAAACCAUGUUAGAAAAGAGUUCUGAAGCUUGAUUUGCUUCCUUUUUUAAUUUCCAGUUUGAGUUAGCUCCUUUGUUUGGAGGAGAGUUUCCACGUAACUUGUAAAGUUGUUGUCGUGUAAAGUUACUGUCACGUAACCAUGGAGUCACGGGUUCGAACCGUAUUAACAACUUCUUGUAGAAAUGCAGGGUAAGACUGCAUAUAAUAGGGAUUUAUGGUCCGGCCCUUUUUCGGACCUCGCGCAUAGCGAAAGCUUAGUGCACCGGACUGCCUUUUAGUUGGAUCCUUUGUUUCUUUUGUCUUUUUGGUUGUUGUACAAACAAGAUGUAAUAAGAAAUGCGGAAUACUUUAUGCACGAAGAUUGUAAUUCUAUUGCUUUUGAUAAUAA